UCUCAUCUUUGAGGAACUCUACUGUACUCUAAAGUAAUAUAUAUGGGGGCCACUGCCCCCUUCCCAUGUACUAUAAAUAACCCCCUCCCACAACUUCCAAUUGCCCUUCAAAAAACUCACAGCAUAUCUUACCCACUCAUAUUAAAAGAAAAUGCAAUCCAAUCAGGUUACCGACCUUCAAUAUCUACUAAACUCGAACCCAUCUAAUUUCCCGUCCCAUUUCGGCCUCGCUAAUAACCAUAUGGUUACAAACUCGAUAUAUCAAUUCCAAAUCCCUCAACAAGUUCAAGAAUUCAACCCUAAGUCAACGAGUUUCAGCAGUAACUCGACUUCAGACGAAGCGGAGGAGCAAAUAAGCAUAAUAAACGAGAGGAAGCAGAGGAGGAUGAUUUCUAACCGAGAAUCCGCACGGAGGUCGCGCAUGCGCAAGCAAAAGCACUUGGACGAGCUUUGGUCGCAGGUUGUGUGGCUCAGGAACGAGAACCACCAACUGAUCGACAAACUGAACCACGUCUCGGAGAGUCACGACCGUGUGGUUCAAGAAAAUGCUCAGCUCAAAGAGGAGACUUUAGAGCUUCGACAAAUGAUCAGUGGCAUGCAGAUCAGUAGCCCUUAUCCUAGCCUGAGAGAGCUUGAAGAUGAUUAACCCUGCUGCAAUUGAUUUGCUGUAAAAUUGAAUAAGUAUUCAGCUAGUUUCUUAUGAGUUCCCCUAAAUUUUCUUGAUUAGACUUGUUGGUUAUUGCUAGUUGUUAUCUAUAUGAGAUAAGCGUAGUGAUAUAAUAAAAUCUUAUAUAUUUUCUUGA